UAUCGUCAGUUCUAGUAUCUCAUUCAAUCGGGAAAGUUUAGCAACGCAAGUUGUGCUGACCAAGUACAAGCGUCAGAUACAUAGAUUGUCUAAAAAUAGAUUUCAUACUUCUAGUGAAUUGUUUGGAAAACUUGGGAAUUUUUUCUCAAUAAGUUUGGCAGUAUUCGGUGUAGAUUAAAAAUUCGGCUCAAAUUUUCUGCUUGAAAUUUAAAUACAUAGUGAACCAACGCUCCAGAAUAAAAAUAUUCAAUAAAUUGGAUAUUUUGGGUACCCACAAGGUCCGCAUCUGUGUUGGAUAAUAGAAUCAAUUAGAUUAUGGUACUCCAGGCAUUUGUCUGCUAUCUGCUACUAACAAGCGCCACAUUGAGGUCUUACAUGGAGUCUUCUACUAAAUAUUGGAAAGAAUUCUCUGUAUCUCCGCAUAUCAUUUCAUCUGCAUCUGGCUAUGAAAACACAAUCAAUUGGAAGAUCCAUCUCCCGCCAUGGCAGCAAUCGGAUAAGAAUUCCCGCAGUACAUGAAGUGACAGCGGUUGGCUUAUCCAUUUGGGCCCGUUUACCAGAAAAGGUCAAACAUGAUCCGGUUUUGGCGUCAUAUCGGAAUGAGUACGAACGCUCCAGAGAUGCUGAUCCAAAUUCUCACGAUGCAGAUAACGUAGCCACAGUAGAAAACUACUCCCCUAGACCGUCACUGACUCAACAAGAAGAAAGGAUUGAAGUUAUCCCAGAAGAAGAAAAUGAACCCGAAGCUAAGGAGGAGUCUCCUAGCAAAUACAAGAUAUGGCUAAACUACAGCAAAAUUGCAAUUUUACUUGCUGUGUGGGCAUUUUUCACCGCGAUCCUUAUAAUCACAGAUGAGGAAAAUCUUCCUGCAAUACCGAUGUCAGUACCUGAGAAUAGGACCAAAGUUUUCCCCAUACCACAAACGUCCCAGAUUUCCGAAUUUGAAUUACGUCUGGCAGGAGCAUUCUCAACGAACUUGCAUGGAAAUACUAGUGACAAACUCUUUGUGUAUAUUCAAGUUCAAACCGACAACGCUUCAGACUGGGUGAAUAUUGACCAAUGGAGCCUACCGAUUGCCGACAACGAAGCCACUAACAAUUUUCCUAUAGUGCAAAUGGAUCACAUUUUCGAUCUAAAUAGUAAAAUGGCCCCAAUCAAUAGUACAAAAUAUCAGUCAAUUCGUGUAGCAAUGGAGACGAAUAUCAACGCAGAUUUUCCUUUCCAAUUUACCUACAACGGUUCCCCGGUUGAUAAGAACCUGGGAAUAAUUUAUGCAGCUUUGAUACUUAUUGGGCUCUAUGUACUGAUCAUUUGGGAGAUUGUGGACAAAGCAUUCGCCACAAUCCUUGCGUCGACACUCUGCAUAAGUGUACUAGCAAUAAUGGGUUCCCGACCCACUUUGCCCAAAAUCAUCGGUUGGAUCGAUAUGGAAACGUUAUUUUUGCUCUUUGGAAUGAUGAUAAUUGUGGGGAUAAUGUCCGAGACGGGUUUAUUUGAUUUCUUGGCUGUCUAUGCUUAUAAAAUUACAAGUGGGAAGGCAUGGCCCCUGAUCUACUGCUUGUGUAUAUUCACUGCCAUCCUUUCAGCAUUCUUAGAUAACGUCACGACUCUGCUACUGAUGGCACCAGUCAGCAUACGCCUUUGCGAGAUAAUGAGCCUCAAUCCCAUUCCAAUCUUAACGAGCAUGAUUCUGUAUUCAAAUAUCGGAGGAGCACUGACUCCUGUUGGGGAUCCCCCAAAUAUCAUCAUUAUUUCCAAUAGCUACGUGUCGAAAAGUGGGAUUACAUUUACAAACUUCAUCCUUCAUAUGUUGUUGGGGGUACUUCUGGCCUGUUUGCAAGCGUUCGUGCAACUUCGUUUGAAAUAUCGCACCAUCAAUGAUUUGCGAACAAGCGAAUCGCGGGAAAUUUGUGAAUUGCGAGAGGAAAUCCGAGUUUGGCAACAAGCCUUAUCCUCCAUUUCACUAUAUUCCAACGAUGAUGAUUUCAUCCGAUGGACAAUGGUCGAUAAAAUCAAGAAUUUGAAGAAAACUCUGAAAAAGCGGCUUAAUUCCAUGUGUAUUCCCAAAGAAUCUUAUACAGCCACGUUGAAGGAACUGCAAGAAAAGUAUCCCAUCAAAAACCGACCGCUUUUGCUGAAAUCCUCACUAUCAAUGGUAUUCGUCCUGGGGUUUUUCUUUCUUCACUCAGUUCCCGGUUUAGAUCGAUUGUCUUUAGGUUGGAUAGCCUUUCUUGGAGCCUUAUUAUUAUUGGUUUUGGCCGAUUUAAAGGAUAUGGAUGCUGUGCUAAGCAAAAUCGAAUGGUCCACACUUAUUUUCUUCGCCUCGUUGUUCAUUCUUAUUGAAGCCUUAUCUGAACUUGGGUUGAUUGAUUGGAUCGGCGAUCAAACUGAGAGUCUUAUUGUUGCAGUGGAUGAAAAAUGGAGACUAGCAGUUGCAAUUCUUAUAAUAAUAUGGGUUUCUGCCGUUGCCUCAUCGUUUUUGGAUAACAUCCCACUAACAACUAUGAUGAUAAAAAUCACGGUAUCACUUGCACAGAAUGAAAACCUUGGAUUGCCACUUCAACCUCUUAUUUGGGCUUUAUCAUUUGGAGCUUGCUUUGGUGGAAACGGAACAUUGAUUGGAGCUUCAGCUAAUAUAAUAUGCGCAGGAGUUGCGGAGCAACAUGGCUUAAAAAUGUCCUUUUACCAAUUCUUCAAGAUCGGAUUUCCAAUGAUGAUCGGCAAUGUUCUGACAGCAACGGUUUAUAUGAUGAUUGCCCACGUUCUACUGGAGUGGCACUGAAUAGCAGGAAUUUGUUCCAGCACUAGUUUUUGUACUUAUUAUGUGCACAUGAAAGUGGUUUCUAAAAUAAAAAGAUAAUUUUUAUAAAGUA